AUGAACAAGGGAAACAAGCCGAGUUUCCACCAAUCCGCAAACGGCGACCAAGCCAAGACACUAUACCAAGCCUUCUUCAAAAAGGUCGGAUCUCUCUAUGAGUCCGACAAGGUCAAAGACGGACUCUUUGCCGCCAUGAUGGAUGUUGCUUUGAUUAACGAUGGGCCGGUCACUAUUCAAAUCGAUACCAACCCGCCGAAGACGGAUGCUUCAACCUCGGGUGCUCCAAACGGAAGCAAUCAGCAAACAGUCGAAGUUGAUGACCGCAAGUAG